AUGGUGGUGGUGGUUGUGGUGCCGCCCCAGGUGCUGUCUGCGCUGAGCGGCGUGGAGCUGUCGGGGGUGACGGGGCCGUGCGACCGCUGGGAGUUCCCUCGGGAACGGCUGACUCUGGGUGAGCAGCUGGGUGAGGGUUGUUUUGGCCGCGUGCUGCUGGCCGAGGCGCUGGGCAUGGAGCCGUCACGGCCUCAUCGCAGCGUCCGCGUCGCCGUCAAGAUGCUGAAGGCGCACGCCACGGAAGCGGAGACCCACGACCUCCACGCGGAGCUGGAGACCCUCAAGAAGAUGGGACGGCACAGCCACCUGGUGAACCUGCUGGGCGCAUGCACACGGGGCGGCCCCCUGCUCGUGAUCGUUGAGUUUGCGGCCAAGGGGAAUCUGCGCGACUUCCUGCGUGCACACCGCACGCCCGGCGCAGAGGCACGGUGCGUUGGUGGCGACGAGGUGAAGGGCGAAACGCUCUCCAUGCUGCAGCUGGUGGCCUUCGCCUGCCAGGUGGCACGCGGCAUGGAGUACCUCACCUCUAAGAAG